AUGUUCUUUGUCACAGUUGCAAUAAUCGCGAAAGUAUACUCCCGACAACGUAUCCCAGACUUUGAUACAACCCAGCAUCUUCAAGUAGAAAAAGGGCAAUAUGUGGAAAUAGAAUUGGACCUUUAUAUUCCCUUUAACUUACCUGGAACACCUUGUGCUGAUGAGGAAUAUCUUGAGAUCCGUGAUGGGUAUAAUCAGUCAGGGAAUCUUUUGGGUGUAUUUUGUGGAAGAGACGGUCCUCGCUUUAAACUACGUUCCAGUGGACAGAACAUGUGGUUAAGUUUUUCAUCUCACCAUAAAUACCGGCUAUGGAAUAGUUAUCUUUAUGGAAAAGCACUAAAUGCAACAGUUGCAAUAAUCGCAGAAGUAUACUCCCGUGAUAUCCCAGACUUUGGUUCAACCCAGCGUCUUCAAGUGGAAAAAGGGCAAUAUAUGGAAAUACGAUUGGGGCUAUGGAUACACCGUGACUCACCUGGAGCACCUUGUGCAGAUGAGGAAUAUCUUGAGAUCCGUGAUGGGUAUAAUCAGUCUGGAAAUCUUUUGGGUGUAUUUUGUGGAAGAUACGUUCCUCACUUUACGCUACGUUCCAGUGGACAGAACACGUGGUUAAGGUUUUCAUCUAACCAUAGAUACCGGCUAUUUUAUCCCAGAUAUUAUGAGGGAAAAGCAUUAAGUGCAACAGUUCCCACUAACCUAAGAAACGUCGCAAAGACUCAGUUUGUCCUCCACCAAUCGUCAUCUUUGUGGUGCCCGGCGGAAGGUGGACCAGCUCCUCGCAUUGUUUGGAGAAAGAAUGGCGCUGUUGUGCAAAACAGCACUAGCGUGCGACUUCAAAUCAACGUCACUGAAGAAGAAAGAAGUACAACUUACAGCUGCGAAGUGGACGACCAUGGCCAGUUGAAGAGGAAAAACAUCAAUCUUAUCGUCGAGAUCACCAUCUUGUCACAAAUAGAUUACGCCCGCCUUGCUCUAAGCAGAUUAAUACAUUCUGGUGCAAUGUUUUUCUUACAAACAUUUGUGAAAGAAGUCUUGAGAAGACGAAGUUGUAGCAGCCGUUGUAAUAAACUUAGCAAACACAGAAGGAAUAGAAAUGGUCUCGAGUUUGGAAUUGUACUUGAAGUCAGAUAUGCAAUCUGUUACCAUUACGAAAGGGAAUGA